UCAAAUUCUCCGCUCCCUUCGAUCCACCCCCGCAUCACAGGAGUCCUCCACUUCACUCCUGCCCACUUCCGACGAUGGCCGGUCGGCUUCCGGGCGCCGCCGCGUCCUCACCGCUCCCCCGCGCGCUCCUCCUCCUCGCCGCGCUCGCGCUCUUCUCCAUCUCCUUCCUCUCGCUUCGCUCCCUCCGCCCCGCCGCGGACCCCGCGGUCGCGGCCGCCGCCGACAAGUCCCGUCCCCUCCUCCGGCUCCAGUCCUCCUCGUCGGUGUACCACUCCCCGGAGGCGUUCGCGGCGGGGUACGCGGAGAUGGAACGGAGCUUCAAGGUGUACAUCUACCCGGACGGCGACCCCAAGACAUUCUAUCAGACGCCUCGCAAGCUCACGGGGAAGUACGCCAGCGAGGGCUACUUCUUCCAGAACAUCCGAGAGAGCCGGUUCCGCACCGAUGACCCCGACCAGGCGCACCUCUUCUUCGUCCCCAUAUCGCCACACAAGAUGCGCGGCAAGGGUACUACAUAUGAGAAUAUGACGGUGAUAGUUAAGGACUACGUAGAAGGUUUGAUAAACAAGUAUCCUUACUGGAACAGGACACUAGGAGCAGACCACUUUUUUGUCACCUGCCAUGAUGUGGGUGUGAGAGCAUUUGAAGGACUUCCAUUCAUGGUGAAAAACUCUAUUAGAGUUGUAUGUUCGCCAAGCUAUAAUGUUGACUUUAUACCGCAUAAGGAUAUUGCCCUUCCUCAAGUGCUACAGCCAUUUGCCCUACCUGAAGGAGGAAAUGAUAUUGAGAACAGGACAAUUCUUGGCUUUUGGGCUGGCCAUCGAAAUUCCAAAAUAAGAGUUAUCCUAGCACGAGUUUGGGAAAAUGACACAGAGCUUGCUAUCAGCAACAAUCGGAUCAGUAGAGCUAUUGGAGAGCUAGUUUAUCAGAAGCAGUUUUACCGUACCAAGUUCUGUAUCUGUCCUGGUGGUUCUCAAGUUAACAGUGCCCGUAUAUCUGACUCAAUACACUAUGGUUGUGUUCCUGUUAUUCUGUCAGACUACUAUGACCUGCCUUUCAAUGAUGCCCUUGACUGGAGAAAGUUUGCGGUUAUACUUAGGGAGAGAGAUGUAUAUCAACUGAAGAAUAUCUUGAAAUCUAUAUCACAGGAGGAGUUUGUUUCAUUACAUAAAUCUCUAGUUCAGGUGCAGAAACACUUUGUGUGGCAUUCACCUCCUGUCUCCUACGAUGCAUUCCACAUGGUUAUGUAUGAACUGUGGCUGCGUCAUAAUGUGAUAAAGUACUGAAGCCUCUCAGCCUCUGAGUUUUGAUUGCUAACCUAAAUGACUGAUCCAUCAGAAAGACACUAUCAAGUCUGACAGCCUGCUGGUACUACAUUGAAAAUGGGCUUUUGGUUCUUUGCUCUCAGAAUCUCCAGCUGGGAUGGAUCAUUGAAUAUAAUGUUUGCUAGCAUGGUGCAAUGGAGAGCAUGUCCAUGAAGGAGUUGGCCACUGUUCAGCAUAUAUGAGUAUAUGACAAAACUGUAGUCCUGGUUAAUUGAUGGAUUGGUUGAUUCUUUUUAACAAUAGUUAGCUUUCCCGUAUGGCAAUCUUUUCCUAUAGAUAUUUCUUAUAUUUCGCGGAUCUGCUGGAUUGACUGCAUGUAGGUUUCUCACGCAUUUUUUGUGUUCGGUGGCUUCAGGCAUGUAAAGUAAUGUACAAUAUUAUUGAUGAGAAACAUAGUUUAAUUCCUUCUGACUGAACAGACA